AUGUGCUACCAAGUCUACACGCACACAAUGUCAUGCGACAUCCGCCCAACCAUCACAUCCAUCAAAACCCUCUACAUAAACCCCUACCAGACGCCGCCACGAUGUCCCUGCAAGCAUCCCUCCCCCCCCAACAACCACUCCUCCUCUCGCCACCCAUUCUCCUCCUCGACGCCCUCCAACUCCCGGCCCUGCGCGUCCCACGGAUGCUGCAGCCUCAACAUCAUCCUCUACCGGUGUCCAGCCUACUGUCGCCAGCCGACAGAAUACCACAACUACAUGGAAGACAAACACCAACGUCACCCCUCCUCUCGCUCACGCCCUUACUCGUCGUACUCGUACUCCUAUACCCACGAGCAGAUAUACGUCUACGCGAGCCCCUUACCCCCUUCCUCCCCCCCUCCCCCAGCCCAACGACCCCGCUGGCGCACCAUCCGCGUCUUUGACCGGGACCCCGACUUCCACGCCCUCGAAUCCCCCGACCUCCGCUUCGGAAUCUCAGAACUCGUCGACAUUGGCCGCAUCCUCAUCCACGCCUUUCCAGAACUCGACAAAGCCCGCCUCCGACGCGACCGCGAACGCCGCCGCCACGAUGCCGCCCACGGCACGCGCUGCGAGCGCGGCUCACGGGGGGGUUGGGAGCGGGAGUGUAGCUGGACGCGACGGAUCGCGGAGAUGGCGCUCGAGGUGGACAAUCUGAAGCUCAGCAUGGAGAUUCUGGACGACUGCUGGGAAAAGUACAUCGCGCUGCUGAGGAAGUAUGAAGGGCUUGGGCAGAGGAGGGUGAGUGGGCUCGUCGAGGAUCGUGGGCGGCGGAGGCGGAGGAACGUCGGGGUGGAGGUAGAGGCGGAGGAAGAGGAGCGUCCGGUGAAGAAGGAGAGGCCGUUGACGUACGUUUCGCAGGAGAGCUGGGUUCGGAAGAAGCGUGGGGGGGCGGUCAAGAAGGAUCGCGACUGUUAUCGGGAGUCUGAAAAGGCGUAUAGACCGGAGCCUGACGCGGCAAAACGUCGUUCCGUCCGUUUUGCAGAUGAUGUUGGCGGUGGAAGAGGAUACUACGACGAGAGUGAAUGGAGUCGUAGAUGGUCGGUAUACUAG